AUGGAGUCGCCUGCACAAGACCCGGAGUCCAAGUCGCCCGUCUACGAUGCCAAGCAGGGCCCCCAAGAUGCAGAGCCGGGGGACUCUCAGCCGUACAUCGAUCCUGCAAAGGAGACGAAGCUGCUGGCAAAGCUCGAUGCUGCCUUUACCCCGGUCAUCAUGCUGGUGUAUCUGUCAUGCUUCCUCGACCGUUCCAACAUCGGCAAUGUCAAGACAGCAGGAAUGCCUGAAGCCAUUGGUGCGAGCGCCCAGGAGUUCUCAACCGCAGUUUCCAUCUUCUACGCCACAUACGUCGCGUUCGAAACCCCAUGGGCUGUGCUACUCAAGAAAUUGACCCCGCGUCUUCUCAUGACCAGUCUCUGCAUCGUCUGGUCCCUCGUCACCAUCUUCUCCGGCUUCAUCCAAAACAUCGGCGGCCUUUACGCCACGAGACUCAUUCUUGGAGCCUGCGAGGGUGGCCUCUUCCCCGGCCUCAACCUCUACUUGACCAUGGUCUAUCGCCGUGAGGAGCAGGCCAAGCGCGUUUCCUACCUCUUUGUUUGUACAGCAAUCUCUGGGGCCUUUGGUGGGCUGCUGGCAUACGCCAUUCUCCACAUGGAUGGUGUUGGGAACUUUGCAGGCUGGAGGUGGGUCUACAUCAUCGAAGGCAUAUUCAGCAUUCUCGUGGCUAUCGCUGUCUGGUUUGGUCUCCCAAAUGACCCCUCAAACGCUUACUUCCUCAAUGCCGAGGAGAAGGAGAUGAUGCGUGUCCGCGCCAUCCAACGUCAGGCAUACAUGGGAAGUGAGGAGUUUGACUGGAACGAAGUCAAGCUUGCUCUGAAAGAUCCUAAAGUCUAUCUCAGCGGUGCUAUUCAGUUCUGUCAAGAUAUCCUGCUAUAUGGCUUCAGCACCUUCCUUCCGUCUAUCAUCCAGGGAAUGGGCUACAACACCCUCCAGUCUCAAUACCUGACUAUUCCUGUCUACAUAUUCGGCGGCAUCGCUUUCCUGAGCUUCGCCUUCGUUUCAGACAAACUGCGCAUUCGUGGCCCAUUUGUUUUCUUUGCGAACAUUUUUGGCAUUGUGGGAUACAUUCUUCUCCUCACAGAUACGCCUGAGGGUGUGAAGUUCUUCGCAACCUUUCUCUGUGCAGUCGCAGUCUACAACGGUCCUGGCUUGAACCUCACUUGGCUGAACGUCAACGUAGCACCCCACUACCGCCGUGCAACUGCCAUUGGUUUCCAACAGACCAUCGGAAAUACUGCUGGUGUUGUUGCUGGUCAAAUUUACAGGAAAGCUCCCUACAAAUUGGGCAACGGAUUCUCCUUGGGCGCACUAUGUGUGAGCCAACUCCUCAUUAUCGGCAAGUAUCUCUAUAUCAGAAAAUGCAACAACGAAAAGAAGAGAAUCGCCAGCGGAGAGCUUGAAGACACUCGGACGGUUACAACAGGAGAUCGUGCUCUUGACUUUGAGUACCAUCUGUAG